AUGGUGCGCGCCACCGUGCCCACGGAGGCGGACAUCCUGCAGGUCCGCACCCUCGCCCGCCGCGCGCGCCUCACAUUCGAGGCGCUCCGCGGCGUCUACGCCCGCCGCGCCGCCGCCUCCACGCCGCCCAGCCGCGGCGUCCGCCGCAACCGCGCCGACAUGCGCGCCCUCAGCACCAUGAUCUCCAGCAACCUCUGCCUCUACCGCGACAAGCGCAUCGUCGGCCCCGUCCCGGGCGUCUUCGUGGGCGACGUCUUCAACUACCGCGCCGAGCUCCUCGUCGUCGGCCUCCACAGCCACGCCCAGGCCGGCAUCGGCUUCGUGCCCGCCAGCCUCGCCGGCGAGGGCAAGCCCGUCGCCACCAGCGUCGUCUCCUACGGCGGCUACCUCGACGACCACGACAACGGGGACGUCCUCCUCUACGCCGGGACCGGCGGCCGUCCGCGCAACGGCCGCGCCGACCAGGAGCUCGAGGGCGGCAACCUCGCGCUCGCCAACAGCUGCAAGUACGGCGUCGAGGUGCGCGUCAUCCGCUGCCACGUAACCGACGCCAGCCCCAGCGGCAAGGUCUACGUCUACGACGGCCUCUACAAGGUCGAGUCCUCCACCCACAUCCCCGGCGACUCCGGCCGCGAGGUCUGCACGUUCAAGCUCGUGCGCCUCCCCGGCCAGGACCCGCUCGGCAGCAACACCUGGCACGCCGCCAGGAGCCUCGUCGACGACCUCGACGCAGGCGUCCGCCGCCCCGGCUACCUCACGCUCGACCUGUCCAGGGGCAAGGAGGCCAUCCGUGUCCCCGUCUGCAACACCGUCGACCAGGACAGGUCUCCGCUUGACGACACCAAGUACAUUGCGCGUCCCCGGUUCCCGCCGCCCAGGAUCGAGAGCCGCCGCAGGUGCUGCGGGUACAGGGCGUCGGCUUCUUACUCCAAGUCCAGGUGCGCCUGCGUGAAGAAGAACGGCGGCGGCGGCCCGCCGUACAACGCGGACGGCACGCUCGUCAAGGGGGUGCCGAUGGUGUACGAGUGCGGCGCCCAGUGCGCCUGCCCGCCGAGCUGCCCCAACCGUGUCACGCAGCGCGGCAUGAGGCACCGGCUGGAGGUGUUCCGCUCCGCGGAGACGGAGUGGGGCGUCAGGACGCUGGACCUCAUCCAGCCGGGCGCCUUCAUCUGCGAGUUCAGCGGAGAUGUGGUCGCCGCUGGCGCGUCCACGGACUGGGACGGCUACGUCGACCCGAGGAAGUUCCCGCCGAGAUGGAAGGAGUGGGGAGACGCCUCUGGGGUCGCGCUUCGGGACGACGAGGGGCCUCCAUUGCUUGCACAGUGCCCAGCGCCGCCGGCGUACGUGCUGGAUGUGUCCAGGAGGAGGAACUUCGCGCCAUACAUCUGCCACAGCGGCGCACCCAACGCUUUCAUCCAGUUCGUGGUCUGUGGUGAUGAGAGCGACGCAUUCCCUCACCUCAUGGUGUUCGCUUUGGAGACCAUCCCACCCAUGCGUGAUUUGAGUAUCGACUACGGCAUUGAUCAGUGA